UUUAUUACUGGCAAACGGCUGGCAUGAACAAUGGCAAGCAGUCUAACAGUAUCUGGUGCCCUCUGGGCACUGCUGUCUUUUCUCUCAGCGGCUGUAAGCUGCACCAGCUUCUUCAUGCCAUAUUGGCUUUUUGGCACCCAGAUGGGUAAACCUGUUUCCUUCAGCACCUUUCGUAGAUGUACCUAUCCUGCUCACACUGAGGAGAGGAGUGUGGUGAUGGUGGAGCAAUGUGGUCGGUAUGCCAACUUCACUGCUAUCCCCAGUCUAUCUUGGCAAAUUUGUACUGUGGUGACAGGCACUGGUUGUGCUUUGCUUCUGCUGGUGUCACUAACUGCAGUUCUGGGCUGUUGUAUUGAAGACCUCAUCUCCAGAAUGACUGGUCGGUUGCUAGGGGCAAUGCAGUUUGUUGGAGGACUUCUCAUUAGCUCCGGAUGUGCUCUGUAUCCAUUGGGGUGGAACAGCCCUGAGAUCCAGCAAGCAUGUGGAAAUGUAUCCAGUCAGUUCCAAUUAGGAACGUGCAAGCUGGGCUGGGCCUAUUACUGCACGGGAGGUGGCGCAGCGGUUGCCAUGCUCAUCUGUACGUGGCUGUCUUGUUUCGCUGGCAAGAAGAACAAACCAUCUCUUUACUGACUCCGGCAGCAACGGGUUGAGAAAGGACAUUAUGAGCAAUUACAAAUGAUGCAUCAACCUUACCUAGCUGCAGUUCACUGUGGAGUUAAAUGCAAUCACUGAACUCAGAUGCAAACAUUUGUAUCUUACAGAAGAAAAAAAAAAUCUCUUUACAAAAAAUCUAUAAAAUGGAGAUUUUCGGCUUAAAAAUACUAAAACCUAGUAAUGUUAAUACAUUUACCCAUCACUGUAAGGAGGACUGAUAUGCUUUGAUACAGAAACAAGGACCAGGAAUCAAUACGGUACAGCCCUUCAGGAUAAAUAUUGGACAACCCUGGUUUAGUCUAAAAAUAUAUUGUAUGUAUGGUUUGUGCAAGAUGAUAGCAAAGUGAGUUGAAAUAUAAUGGCAUUGGCUGAUAAUAAAUGAUCCUGUCAAGUAAAUGAUAAAAAAGCAGGCAGUAUACAGUAAAUAGCAAGCUUUGGUGAUGACAUGCUUUAAGGGAAUCUACAAAACAUCCCUGGUUGUUGGCAGGUUGUGUUAUGUGUUUGUCCCGGCUGUUCUUGACAAUACAUUGCAUGGCUGCAGUAUGUUAUCUCCAGUACCUAAUGGGUGCUAUAAGAUAAAUUACAUGCCUACCUUCAGUGUCCUUCAA